GGAAAAGACACAGUAAAGGGCUCCAGGGCUGGGGUGUGUGUCAGACAGUCACUGAGGAAGCUGAAAAGUCGCCACAGAAGUAGAACUGCUUUCAGCUGCCACUGUAAGAAAGAGUGUGAGACAGACACAAGAAGAGACCUAGGAGGACCCUCCAAAUGUGCCUGUGCUGCAGGAUCAGAGCUGGGGGCGGAGCCGGCACAGAGCUAAGCAGCCCGACUGACUGACUGGAGAUGAGUCGAAUUACACCAUUUGCCUGGGCUGACUUUGUUUUGCUCGCAGCCUGUCCCACUGCUGGACGGAGAUAAUUCGGUGCAGUCGGGAGCUGAGGAGGAUUGUGUGAGAGGAGCAACAGCAGAGACACAGAGACACUAUAUCCCAGCGAGGAUUUGUGUGUAGCGUGGAUAGCGGUCGCUGCUGCUACUGGAUACUCAUCGCUACUCCUGUGUGAUCAGCGCUACCCGGGGCUAUUGUUACUAUUAUCAGGCUGCUGGGCGUGUGUGCCGGGGAGGCAAAGUUUAGCCGAGCAGACUGUGCGUGAGGAGUGAUUUCUUUGCCCGGCGGGACUGACUGGGAGUCUUUUUCCCCCUGAGCCAAGUUGUAUUUGCCGGAGCGGAGGGCUGUGUUUAUAGGGGGAUGGGAAGUGCAGGGGGGGAGGUGCAGCCGGAGUACAGGGGAUUGGGCAGUCAGCGCUGUUGCCAUUUGAUCAGACUGGAGCUUUGAAGAUCACAAAGAUUAUUACACAGCUGGGCCCCUAAACACUCACCGGGCUGUGCGGGGCUGAGGGAUGUACAGAGUCUUCUAAACCCCAAGUGGAUGUUCCCUGCGAGCGGCAGCAGCUGCAUGUGAAGCCUCCUAUGUGGACUAUUGCUCGGACCUUACGCAAACUUACCGGAUGGCUGCCGGGAUCUGCCGAUAAGUAGCGCCGGGGAGACACUGGCAGGAGGCGGCACAGCUCAUCCCCACUGGGUAGAAUUCAAUUCUGAGAAGGAAGAAUAAUCCACUCGGUGAGCCAUGACACUGUGCACAGGUUCUGCUUGGGCGCUGCUGCUAACCAUAAGCGUGGUCUGUGCCGUUAGCUUUCCUGAAGACGACGAGCCUAUUAAUUUUGUCGAUUAUCACUAUUCAAGGCAAUAUCCAGUGUUUAGAGGACGCCCUUCAGGCAAUGAUUCACAGCACAGCCUGGACUUUCAACUGAUGCUGAAAAUUCGAGACACACUUUAUGUGGCUGGAAGAGACCAGGUUUAUUCUAUCAAUUUGAAUGAGGUGCCGAAGACGGAACUAACUCCAAGCAGAAGGUUGACAUGGAGGUCGGGCCAAGCAGACCGGAAAAACUGUGCGAUGAAAGGAAAGCACAAGGAUGAAUGCCAUAACUACAUCAAGGUUUUCGUUCCAAGAAAUGAUGAGAUGGUGUUUGUCUGUGGCACAAAUGCAUUCAAUCCUAUGUGCAGAUAUUACAGGUUAAAUACAUUUGAGUAUGAUGGGGAAGAAAUUAGUGGCUUGGCAAGAUGUCCAUUUGAUGCCAGACAAACCAACGUAGCCCUCUUUGCUGAUGGCAAGUUAUAUUCUGCUACCAUGGCAGAUUUCCAAGCUAGUGAUGCUGUGAUCUACCGAAGCAUGGGGGAUGGAUUCGCUCUGAGGACAAUUAAAUAUGACUCCAAAUGGCUGAAAGAGCCACAUUUUCUCCAUGCAAUAGAAUACGGAAAUUACAUCUAUUUCUUCUUUCGGGAGAUUGCUGUUGAACAUAAUAACCUAGGCAAGGCAGUGCACUCUCGGGUGGCACGCAUAUGCAAAAAUGACUUGGGAGGCUCACAGCGAGUGCUCGAGAAACACUGGACUUCUUUCGUAAAAACACGACUCAAUUGCUCUGUUCCUGGGGAUUCAUUCUUCUACUUUGAUGUUCUGCAGUCUAUCACGGACAUAAUAGAAAUCAAUGGAAUUCCCACUGUUCUUGGUGUAUUUACAACACAACUGAACAGUAUCCCAGGUUCAGCGGUUUGUGCUUUCACCAUGGAUGACAUAGAAAAGGUAUUCAGGGGAAGAUUUAAAGAACAAAAGACCCCAGACUCUGUUUGGACAGCUGUACCUGAAGACAGAGUACCUAAGCCAAGACCCGGUUGCUGUGCAAGACAUGGUUUUGGAGAAGGCUACAGGGCCUCUACAGAAUUUCCUGAUGAAACCUUAUCUUUUAUCAAGUCCCAUCCACUGAUGGAUUCUGCAAUCCCAUCUAUAAUCGAAGAGCCUUGGUUCACUAAGACACGCGUAAGGUACAGAUUAACUGCUGUAGCAGUGGACCACUUGGCAGGGCCUCACUUAAACUACACCGUGAUGUUUGUGGGUUCUGAAGCUGGUGUUGUAUUGAAGAUCCUAGCCAAGACCAACCCCUUUUCUCUGAAUGACAGUGUAUUAUUGGAAGAGAUUGAUGCCUACAACCGUGCAAAGUGUUCUGGGAAUAGCGAGGAGGAUAGAAAAGUGAUAUCACUGCAGAUGGACAGAGACCAUCAUGCCUUGUUUGUGGCUUUCUCAGGCUGCAUUGUCAGACUGCCCUUGAGUCGCUGUGAGCGAUAUGGAUCGUGCAAAAAGUCUUGCAUUGGUGCGAGAGAUCCUUAUUGUGGCUGGCUAAACCACGAGACCUGCGGAAGAGUGAAACCAGGCAUGUUCUUUGGCUAUGAGCAGGAUGUGGAAUAUGGUAACACAGUACAGCUUGGAGACUGUCAUGACCUUUUGCCUUCUGCAACUACACCAGAUUACAAAAUAUUUGGCGAUCCAACGUCUGACAUUGAGGUCCCCUCCACUUCUGUAGCCACCAUGACAAGUAGCCCAGUCAUUUUACCUAAAGUGAUUGGUUCCUGGAAACCCAGAAUGACUGGCUCUCGGAAAUUUAUAUACCAAGAUGACCCAAACACCUCCGAGUAUAUUGAUCCAUUAACAGGUGUCCAGAAGGGUGUACGAUGGGAGGUACAGUCAGGAGAUGCCAACCAAAUGGUCCACAUGAAUGUUUUGAUCACCUGUGUACUUGCUGCUUUUGUGCUCGGGGCUUUCAUUGCAGGAAUGAUAGUUUACUGCUACAGGGAGAUGUUCGUAAGGAAAACCAGAAAAAUUCACAAAGAUGCAGAGUCCGCUCAGUCCUGUACAGAUUCAAGUGGAAGUUUUGCAAAAUUAAAUGGAUUGUUUGAUAGCCCGGUUAAAGAAUAUCAUCAAAGUAUUGAUUCACCCAAGCACUACACAAACAUAUUGACUAGUAGGAAGGAACUGCCACCAAAUGGAGAAACCAAGGCUAUGAUGAUGGACAGUCAAGGACAGCCACCCGAACUUGCGGCCCUUCCAACUCCCGAAUCUACCCCUGUCCUUCACCAAAAGAGCCUGCAGCCUAUCAAAAACCAGUGGGAAAAAACACACAACAACUUAAACAUUUCACGGAAAGAAACUCCUCUUAAAAGUCCUCAGUUCUUUCCUUCCAGCCCUCCACCCCAUUCACCUUUAGCUCAUGGGCAAAUACCGAGUGCUGUUGUUAUUCCAAAUGCCACCCACGACUACAAUACUUCCUUUUCAAACUCAAAUGGCCACAAAUCGGAUAAAAAAUUGCAUAACCUAGAGCAUUCUUUGGGAAAACAGUCGAGCAAGAGGGACCACAGGCGCUCUGUCGAUUCAAGGAAUACAUUAAAUGACUUUUUUAAACAUUUGAAUGAAUCCACUGGAAGCCCCAAAGCUCUUAUGGCAGAUAUUCAAGUAACUCAUCAGAAUGGUCAUCAAGUUCCACAUCAAACUUUAAUGCUAGAUACUAUGGGAAACAUGUCUGAAGUUCCACCUAAGGUUCCCAACAGAGAGGCGUCUUUGUAUUCCCCAUCCUCUACUCUUCCCAGAAACAGCCCAACAAAAAGAGUGGAUGUACCGUCAACUCCAAAUGGGCAAAUGACUCCUUUAGAAUCACAAAGGAGCUAUCAUAAGAACUCUUCACAGAGGCAUUCAAUAUCAGCCCUGCCUAAAAAUAUGAACUCACCAAAUGGUGUUUUGCUUUCAAGACAGCCAAGUAUUAAUCGUGGAGGGUAUAUGCCUCCAAGUCCCAGCACAAGGAUGGACUAUAUGCAAGGGACACCUAUAAUAGUUCACCAACAGACUUCUUUGUCGCGGCAAAGUAGUUAUACAGGACAUGGAACCCUUCCCCGUAUGGGGGUAAAAAGGACACCGUCUAUAAAGCCAGAUGUGCCACCAAAACCUUCGUUUACGUCACAAAAUACAUCUGUAAGACAGCUAAACAAAUAUAGCUACUAAGGACAAAAGUCUUGCUUAACGCAAAUAAGGUAAUGGCGUGAUGGUAUAAAACAAACUCUGCAGGCAGGUGCCUAGUCAUUCCCAAACAAAGUGGCCAAAGAAGCUCUCUUUAGUUUGGUAACAUCAUGUCUUGCCACCCGCAGAUAAAGACGAAUGAGCAAAAGAGCAAAACAAAGGAAAGUGCUGGUCAUUUAAUUUCUUUUGUUUGGCGCAUAGUGGAGAUGUAGCACAAUGCAAUGCUACGUGAGGGUUUGUUUUUUUUUUUAAACAGUACCACAUUUAACGAUAUACUUGAAAACUGGCUUCAUUUCAAACCACCGCCGUCUGUACCCAUCCCAUUUAAUGUGAACGUUUGUUGUGUAUGCAUUCACCUUGCCUCUUGCACAAGUCCCACAAAGUUGUCUUGAUCAAAGUUUGCGUUAAAGCUUCCUACUGUCUCCAGCCAAUUAUUUGUCACGUACAGCUGUACUCCACUGAUACACCAGAUCUUAGUAUUUGCUAUCUGUGCAAGUGUCCUGUGCACACAAACGGACCCAUAGAGAUUUUUGUGGCUACUCCUGUGUUAUGGAACUGUUUCCAUUGAGCAUGGCAAACAUAUGAUGUACUUCCAUGCCAUACAGAGCCGUUUGUAUCUGGGAGAGACAGAGCUGCCUUUCUUUUCUGAUAAACAUGGCUGAACGAGGUAUCUUGUGCAAGAACGUAAAGAUUCUUAGUAAGGUUAUGCUGCUAUUUAAUCAAUAUUGUGUAUUGUCACUGGAAAAGCUACUGAGGAUCUUUAACUAGUUUAGAAAAAAAAAAAUAUAAGUGUAUUACGUUGCUCGGUUACCACGAUCGGAAUUGUAGUGCCAGUUCCAUUUCCCUAUUGUUUCUAUAAAUGCAGCCCUUAAUAGCGGAACAUUAUUACCGCUCCUAGUUGCCAUAGGUGUAGUGACGGUGAAAUUGCCACUGCUACAGUACUACGUUCAACUAUAGUGCAAUUAUGUUCAUUUCAUCUUUUAAAAGGUCAUGCAGGCAAUGACGAUGUUCUGUAAAUAGAUGUGAGGAUACCCGAAUCUGUGCAUUUUGUGCCUUAUUCAUGAGAAUACAAUUACUGUAGCCUGUCAAAGUGUCUUCAGUGCAGCGUAUUAUCCGAGUGUCAGAUCCAAUUUGACUGAGUCCUUUCAACCACUAAAUACAAUAAGAAUGUAGGCGGCAGUCAGAACUACCAACUCUUCGAUCGAUGCCAUUCUAGGAAUUAAAUACAGAUUUCUAAACUAAAACAACACCUGCUAAAAUUGGUGCAAGACGUUUCCAAGAUUUGACAGCAGCGGCUGGUGACGGAUAUUCGGCACAGAUGGAUGUUUGAGCUGAGAAGAUGCACAUAAGCAUAUUGUUUAUUGUACAUAGAUAGAAUAUGCUCAAAACUGAGGCUGCAUUCGUUUUAUUCAAGAGAAUAUCCAUUUUUUAAAAAAAAAGUAAUUUGCAAACUGACAGGAAGCAAAAUUGGCUUAUUCUCUUUGUCUGAAAAGAAAGUAUUCACUUGUGUUUGUUUAUGGCCAAAGUUGGGGGUAAUGUUUUUAUACUGAAUGAAUACCAGUUAUGCAAUUUGCCAUCCAUUUUUCCAGCUACAAAGGCUGACGACGUACGUUCGUAUUUGAGAAAGAUUAAGAGCACUUGAGACUGAAAAAAGCCAAACCAGAAAAUCCUUUUAACCCGGGUAACUUUUUACUGCCUUGUAGAUCGUAAUGUGAGUUCUAUCAGUAUUUACGUUGAUGUUUCUAACAUUCAAUCUAGGCAAAAACCAUUUUCAUUUUAUUACAAAAAAAAGUGCUUUAUCCAUUUGUGCAAAGGUAAAAAAAAAAAAAAAAUAAGGCAGAUUGUAACUUUUUUUCUAUUGGUCCAGCAUAGAAAAGUAACCAUGCAAAUAAGUUGCUCUAUCCUGUUCCUUAGUCUCUUUAAAGGGUAGAUAUCUUGUAUUGUGAAUGUGUAAAUAAUUCUGUACUAUUUGGGUUUUUAACACAGCAUGUAAAGAAAAAAAAUAAAAUAUCCAAUUGAAA